CAUAAAGAAAAUUAGAGUUAAACAUAUGUAUAACUAAUUUUCCGUUUAACAAAUAUUGGCAUCUCUGAGUCCUUGCCAUGGCCACCGGGGAGCAGCUUUCCCUCUCCUCGAGCGGCGGCAAGCACCCGAGGUCUUCAGACGAUCAUUGCGCCGAGGCCUCGUCGAAGCGGCGGAAGCACCGUCAUCACCAUCACAGCUGCCGCCGCCACCGUCAUCGAAGCAAGCAGGGAUGCGAGAUCGGUGAAGAUGCUCGGGCUACCUCCCCCGCGGACCAUGCGGUGGCGGGUUCCUCCGUUGUGCCUAUGCCUGUUGAUGACAAGAUAGAGGAGGGAGAGAUUUUCGAGGAGGACGAGCUUCGACCCGAGAUUAAUGGAGAGACGGUUGAAGGAUUCAAGCUCGGUGGAGGCUCUGACGCUGAAUCAGCCGAUAUUAACUCCUCUGGUGUUGAUGCUGACACUAAUCCGAUCUUGCAUGCGUCAAGUGAUACUCCAUUCACACAAAGUAUGAAGGUGUUUGCUCACAAUCAGGAUGUUCCUAAAACUGAUAUUUCUAGACGUAGUGGGAGAGCUAUAUAUGAUGAAGAUACUUUAGCCCUGAAAAUUGAGAAUGUGCCUUUGAUUAUCGUGGAGAAAGAUAUUACAUUUCAAGAAAAAGCUAAACAAAGACAACUAAAAUCAUCAGAGAAUGAUGUAAAUGACGCUAAAUUUUAUGUAACAUCAAAAUCUCCUGUUUCUAGAGAACAUUCUCAUUCAAUAAAUCCUGGGAAAGAGGAUGACUUUGGAAGAAGGUAUUCUGACAAUGACUCAGAGAUGCCUGACUCAAGGGAUUAUAUGGAUUCGAGGGAUACUUGCAGAAGACAGUCUGAUAGUAACAAAUGCAUUCCUUCUGAAAGAUUGUCCAACAAGUACCAUGAAAUUGGAAGAUCUCAAUCUUCCAAAGGAUUCCAUGAUAAAGAAUGA